AUGGCAGGGUCAGUUUUUUCUUUCUUUUUUCUAUCUUUACUUAUAUUUUCAAGUACCCAAGUUGAAUCAAAUGAAGAAGGUUACAUUUCAUUGGAUAUAUCAAAUAAAGGUCUUGAUUUUGUUAAACAAUUUCUAGUAGAAAUGGCAGAAUCUUCAUUAGUUCCACUUGACUUACCUAAAAUCAAGAAAUCAAAGCAUAUUCCAAUUAUUGGUACUGUUGAUAUGGUUCUUACAAAUAUUACUAUUAAUAGUAUUCAUGUUAUUUCUUCAACUGUGAAAACUGGUGAUACUGGUAUAGUUAUUAGUGUAUCUGGUGCUUAUGCAAAUAUGACUAUGAAUUGGAAAUAUGAAUAUUCAAAUUGGUGGCUACCUGUUCCUAUUACAGAUAAUGGACAAGCUUCUAUUCAGGUUGAAGGUAUGGACGUUGGAAUUUCUUUCAAUCUGACGAAUCUCCAAGGAUCUCUUAUGCUUUCUCCCCUGGACUGUGGAUGUUCAGUGAAAGAUAUAUUUAUAAAGUUGUAUGGUGGAGCAUCCUGGCUAUAUCAAGGGUUGGUGGACGCUUUUCAAGGUAGAUUAACUUCUGCAGUAGAAAAUGCUAUUUCAAAGAAAUUGCGAGAAGGAAUCGUGAAGCUUGAUUCUUUAUUGCAGUCCUUACCAAAGGAAAUUCCAAUAAGAAAUCUUGGUGCUUUAAAUGCCACCUUUGUUGGCGACCCACAAUUCCGAGACUCUUCUCUUAUUCUUUCAAUUAAUGGGUUAAUUAGUGCCAAGGAAGCAUAUGCAGCACCUCCUUACCAACACUUAUUUGCAUCUCUAGAACACUUAUUAGCAUCAAUUCCUUUGAAGGAUCCGGCAAGCAUGGUCACUAUUUCCUUGCAUGAAAAAGUUUUAGUGUCCGCAUCAUCUGUUUACUAUGAUGCCAAUAAAAUGCACUGGAUUGUUGACAAAGUACCUGAGCAGUCCUUGUUAAACACUGCUGGAUGGAGAUUUAUUAUCCCACAACUUUACAGGCAAUAUCCAAAUGAUGACAUGAAUCUGAAUGUUUCCAUAUUUUCUCCACCCCAUCUGAAAAUUAAAGAACAUCAGAUUGAUCUGACGGUUCACGCAGACGUCGUUCUUAAUGUAUUGCAUUCAGGUCAAGUGACACCAGUUGCUUGCUUUUCAACGGCAGUCAGUGGUUCAGCUUCUCCAUGGAUUUCCAAUGAUAAUCUUGGAGGAAGUAUUGGAUUGGAUGAGUUCUAUUUAUCUUUGAAAUGGAGUAAAAUUGGCAAUUUGCAUGUGAAUCUAGUCCGGCUACUGAUGUCAACUGCACUGAGGACUGUGAUCCUGCCAUACAUAAAUUUAAAACUUAGUAGAGGAUAUCCGCUGCCCACAUUUCACGGCUACAUGCUUCACAAUGCUGAAAUCUUGUGCAGUGAUUCAUGGAUCAAGAUUUGCAGUGACGUUGCACCCGUUGAACAAUUAAGUAUAAGUUAGUUCCUACAUCAUAUGGUUGUGACUAUGUUGCUUGGACCCUCCAAAGAUACUGCCAUACCCGUGUUGGAUCCUCCAUAAAUGCAUAGCUUUUGGAGGAUCUGAUAUGCAACCCAUCAGUAUGUUUGAAGAGUCCAAGCGACAUAAGGUUAUGAGUCCCUCGUUUCCACUGUACCAGGCCUUGUAUUGAAAUGUAGUUGCACAUUGAUAGACAAAAAUGUAAACUAGGUGUAGAGUUUUUUCUUCUUCUUUUGUUUCUCUUGUAAUUGCUAUAUGUAUAUUGGACAUAUAGCUAUUGUAAAUCCUCCUCCUCUUCUUCUAUUCAUAUAAGUUCUCUUUAUAUAUGAUGAACAUAUAAAUGCAAAAUUUAGCAA